AUGAAAAUCAUCGAAUUGCAGUUCAACAAUAGCCUUUUCGGCUCUUUCGACGAUCCGCUGCUCAAUGCGCGAGCCGCUCAAGUCGCGCUCGCCGACAUCGACGUCAAAAAUGUGCAGCAGUUGACGAAUCCGUUGAUGCGACCGCAUGACAUGUUCAGGUGAGAGUCCUUUAAGUGUACUGUACUAGAAUUCCUUCCGAUUUCAGCUACAGCAACUACUUCACCGGCAUCCAUGACACGUCCUCGGCCACCAACAUCUACCAGGGACUGCCCAGCUCUUCGGAGCCCUUCGACGCGUCGGUCGUCGUUCCCACGUCUUCCGACGAUCAAAUGACUCCGCUCCAGCAAGUGAUGGCCAUGCAGUCGUACGGAGCGCCGCCGCCUUUCCAGUACAACAUGGCGCACUCGUUCGCCACCUCCACCAUUUCCAACACGAACAGUAUCAGUCGGUAUCCGAUUGCUCCGCCCACUUCUGAGCUUGAGACGGAUCCGCGACAGUUGGAGACGUUCGCAGAGCAUUUCAAGCAGCGGCGGAUAAAGUUGGGAGUGACGCAGGUUAGUUGGGAUAGAUUUCGAAAAGUUGUCAACUGAUGAUUCAUUUUUCUCUCAUUUUUCUCCAGGCGGACGUCGGAAAAGCGCUGGCGCACCUGAAAAUGCCGGGCGUGGGCUCCCUCUCGCAGUCGACCAUCUGCCGCUUCGAGUCGUUGACUCUCUCGCACAACAACAUGGUCGCCCUCAAACCGAUCCUCCACUCGUGGCUCGAGAAGGCCGAGGAGGCGAUGAAGCAGAAGGACACGAUCGGAGACAUCAACGGCAUUCUGCCGAACACCGACAAGAAGCGCAAGAGGACGAGCAUUGCGGCGCCCGAGAAACGGGAAUUGGAGCAGUAUUUCAAGUGAGUCAUUCGGGAGGGGGCCACUCUUCUCAAAGUGAUUCGUUGAUCGUUUGCAGGCAGCAACCUCGUCCAUCCGGGGAGCGAAUCGCUUCGAUCGCCGACAGGCUGGAUCUGAAGAAGAACGUCGUCCGUGUGUGGUUCUGCAAUCAGCGACAGAAACAGAAGAGGUACUAAAUACGUGGCAAAGACCAAUACAAAUCAGUUGUUCCAGGGAUUUCCGCUCUCAGUUCCGUGCUCGAAGUGCGGCCGCAGUCAUGGGUCCACGCGUGAUGCCAGUGGCCAACGGAUCCGGAAACAACGGUCUCAAGCAGACGCAGAACUACAACGGACUGCCCGCUUUCUUCGAUUGA